AUGGGCAACCAAGCCUCAACACUAGCUCGUCCUCUCGACGCUGCUGACUCUAUUCGCGCCCAUCUUUCUGCUGGGACAUCUCGCCCUCAGGGCACCGCCGGCACACGCGCUCAGGACACUGUUGGUGCGCCCCCUCACGAUGGGACUCGCCAUCCAAGCCCGCAAGAAACCGCUUCGAGUUACCGACCUGGACCACAGGCAAUUGCCCUUCCAGCUGCUUUGCAACCACCAUCAGGCCCACCCCAAAGCCAACAACACUCUCGGUCUUGCUCACCUCCCCGCUCGGACGCAAUCGCGGUCCCGUCAUCAUCCGACCUAAUCAGUGCCUCCCCAACAAACCAGUCGGAUCACGAAACCAACCCAUCACUCCGCUCCUUCUGGCGAUCCUUGCCUCCAAAUCACCUCACCCGCCGCAUUUUUCCAAAACCCGAACCAGAGAGACCACCCGACACGGAUGAAUUCGACCCCUCCCACCCCCCCUCCCCAAAACCCUUCAACCCCGACUGCCUAGGCCACCAAGUCGGAAUCUACUCCGCCCAGACCCGCGCUCUGGGUGACGCCCUCGAUCUCAUCUACGAGGACUUGGACGCCCACGGGGAGACGGUUGACACGCUGGCGAAGAACCUGGGUGAGUACCAACGUGCGUUGGCGACACUGCUCGCGACUCCCGUCACGGCUGAGAGCUCCCCCCGUGCAAGGGCGAGGGCGUCGAAAGCACAGAGGUGCGGGCGGAAGUGCUUUGAGACCAUCAUCGCCGGUAUUCAAGAGCGGCUCUCGCGCCUUCCGCCGUUGGGGGAGAUCAUUAGGGAGGAGCUUAAUUCUACUCUGAGGGAGUCGCUAGAGCAGGAUUCUGACGCUGCUGGGAGGUAUCGGAGGGCUCAUCUCCAACGCCGGAAAGAGGAGGCGGACCGGGAAGGGGAAAAGCUCGCCAAGGAGAGGCUUUUCACCCCAAUGAUGGCGAUGGAUCUUUCUUCCAGGUCGAGAUGGAAGAGCACGAAGCUGCCCGACCAAAACGAGGAGCUUCAAGACAAGAUGAUGGCUCAGCAAACCGAAUUUUUGCGCUGGAAGAAGGAUAAUCCCGGGGUUGACCUGCCGGAGGACUAUUUGAUGAGCCCGCCGCCCAGAUGGUGGGGGGCUUUUCUGAAGAGGGGCGCUUGGAACAAGGGAGGGGAGCUUCUGAGGGAGGAGCUCAGGUUUGAGAUGUUUGGGCGGGAGAUCAAGAAGAUGCAGGAGAGGGUUGAGUUGGACGAGUUGUUGACAAGGGAGACGAGGGGGGUUGCCAAGAGGAGGGGGGAGGUUUGGAGGUUGAGGGGGGAGGUGAGGAGGGCUAUGGAGGAUGCGGGGUAUGGGAGGGAUAAGUUUGAUUGGGGGACGAUUUUGGGGUUGGAAAAGGGCGAGGAGGAAGUGGUGGAUGAUGGUGAGAGGAAGAGUUGGAGGAGUUUGUUGGGGAGUUGGGAAAGGUUAUGCCUGAUUAGAGAGGGGCGGGGGGAAUAG